UGAGCAAACUCCACCGUCUUUCUUAGCAGACCAACCACAGGCUGUGUGGAGCCGCGAUAACAGCAUCCUUUGCUGUUAUUCAGCUCUGGCACAUCAAUGACACUGAACAGUGUUGAAACUCGCUUUUUUCAUAAGAGAUUAUUUUCAUAGACUUUUUCAUUGUUUUCUACUGUUUUUUUUUUAUAUAUACACAUUUUAAUUUUCUUGCCACCAUGGUGCUAGGAAAGGUAAAGAGCUUCGUGGUAAGCUAUGACUGUCUCAACGACAGCAAUGUCCCCGUCUUCUCCAGCGGGGACUGUGUCUCAGGAAGGGUCAUCAUUGAAGUGACAGGAGAGAUCCGUGUCAAGUCCCUCAAAAUCCACGCUAAAGGAUUUGCGAAAGUUCGCUGGACGGAGUCGCGAAAUGCUGGAUCCAACACUGCCUACACUCAGAACUACACAGAAGAAGUGGAGUAUCUCAACCACAGAGACAUCCUCAUUGGCCAUGAAAGAGACGAUGAUAACUCCGAGGAAGGUCUCACCACCAUUCAUUCAGGAAGACACGAGUAUGCAUUUAGCUUUGAGCUUCCACAAACACCUUUGGCUACCUCCUUUGAAGGGAAGCAUGGCAGUGUACGCUACUGGGUAAAGGCGGAGCUGCACAGGCCCUGGCUUCUGCCCAUGAAGACCAAGAAAGAGUUCACCGUCUUUGAACACAUCGACAUCAACACUCCCCUACUGCUGUCUCCACAGGCAGGCACGAAAGACAAGACGCUAUGCUGCUGGUUCUGCACCUCAGGUCCAAUCUCCCUAAGUGCCAAAAUCGAAAGAAAGGGUUACACCCCAGGCGAAUCCAUUCAGAUCUUCGCAGAGAUCGAGAACUGCUCUUCCCGAAUGGUUGUGCCAAAAGCUGCCAUCUACCAAACUCAGACCUUCUUUGCCAAAGGGAAAAUGAAGGAAAUCAAGCAACUGGUAGCCAACCUUCGAGGAGAGUCACUGUCUUCUGGGAAGACUGAGACGUGGAACGGGAAAAUGUUGAAGAUCCCCCCUGUGUCGCCAUCCAUCCUGGAUUGCAGCAUCAUUCGGGUGGAGUACUCACUCAUGGUGUACGUGGACAUUCCAGGGGCUAUGAAUCUGUCCCUCAACCUGCCCCUGGUGAUCGGCACCAUUCCCCUCCAUCCUUUCGGCAGCCGGACGUCCUCUGUCAGUAGCCAGUGCAGCAUGACCAUGAGCUGGCUGGGACUGACCCUUCCAGAGAGGCCUGAAGCUCCCCCAGCUUACGCAGAGGUGGUCACAGAGGAACAAAGACAAAGCUGCCUGGAGGUGUCCUCAGGCCGUGAGGACUUUGAUGGCCCACUGUUUGCCUACAUCCAAGAGUUCCGCUUCCAGCCUCCUCCUCCGUACUCUGAGAUUGAUCCCAAUCCAGACCAACCCAGACAGACAGAGGAGCGCAGGCCAGACACGUGCCCAUCACGCUGAGCUGCUCACAACUCCAGCCCAGAGCAGUCGGGCCUUCCAAACUUCCCGUCUUUUUGUUUUUUUCCCGGCGACAACAAGCGCGUGUGCGCCGCUGUCGACGUUGGGAGAAAACAAACACGUGCAGGAGAAAGGACAGAAAGGAGCAGGAAGUCGUCGUCGUCGUCGUUGUUGCCGCCGCCUCACUUCCUGCCUGCUGUAGGGGUCAUGUGGUCACAAUGCUCAUAGUUGUCGAACCCUGCGGACAGAUGCCCUUGGUCGGACCGAGCCGCCAGGGCUUCAUCAGCCUAGUUUUUUUGUUGUCCUCACGCUUCUUUCUGCAACCGUGGCACAAAUCAUGGUUGUGUAGUGUGAAGCUAUUUAGAGACUCUAGACCUAGAGAAGAAGAGAAGAAGUACACCAAGGAAACACUAUAACCACCACCUGCAGUACAAUGGAGAGAAGACUAGCAUCCUCCUGCCUCAGCUGUGGAUUUUUGCACACACUUAUAUUUUGUUUCUUUUGCUUGAGUUCUGGGACUCUGCAAGUUUUAAAAUCACUAAAUUUUGUUUUAUCUUAUUUUCGUUGUUUUGUUGUCGUCUUGAUAAUAUGACUAAGUGAUUGCAGGCUUAUAACUUAGUCUUGCUUCAUCCGCACAACUACGAACAACGCAGAGACUAGAUUCAGAAGCGAAAAGAAGAAGAAAAAAACAGACUGUUGUGCUCUGAUCUAGUUUCAGCGGUUCUUAGGUGGUUCUGUUUUUUUCUUAAUUGCGUUUCCUCUUAAGGACAUGCAAAUGACAAACUGCCUGGCGGCUCUACACCACCUGGAGGCUUUUCAUUGCCUUCCCAUCGUUGCCUGUAUGACUUCGAAUGAGCGUGGUUUUCUUUUGUUUCCUUCCUGUUAACACAGACACCACUCACAUUAAGUUCUAAACAUAGAGGAAGCCUUUAAGUCAACCUUCGUUUGCUUGGUGUUUCUGUUGUAGCGCAUGUUUUGUGGUGGAGAAGCAAAAGACGAGUGCUUGCCACUUGCAUGUGUAGGCAGGGUGGAGACAUAAAAAAAGACAAAAAAAAAAAAAACAGGGUGGGACCCAACAGGCUGCCCACGAAUGGCCUGAAUGAACAGUUUGUUGCCUUUCUAUUUGUAGUGUAAUGCAGCGCAGGCUUCUAUACAGCACUGCCUAAAAAAAGCACUCAGUCUCAGGAGAACUUCUCACUUGCCAAAUGGUUGGAAACAAAAACAAGAUAGAUAGAUAGAUAGAUAGAUAGAUAGAUA